UCCUCUUUCCUUUUCCAUAAAUCUGCAUUCAAUAAAAAAAAUAAGUAUAAAAAAUGCUGAAAUUUGCUCGCGGUACUCCUUUGCGCAGCAACGUGGUUGCUAAGGCCAUGACGACGCGGACUUUGGCUACCACGAACGCCGCUUUAAAGAAUGCUAGAGAACCCUCACUCGGCCAACGAGCUAGAGAGGUUAGAGAUAAAACCAAACAUACUGUCACUCUAGUUCCUGGUGACGGCGUUGGCAAGGAACUCUCCGAGGCUGUCAAGGCUGUCUUUGCUGCAUCUAAUGCACCUGUUGAGUGGGAGCAGUUUGACUUGUCGGGUCACGUUACUACGGGCGACACGCUUAUGAAAGAUACACUUGAAUCGCUUCGUCGCAACAAAGUCGGUCUUAAAGGUACCCUUUACACGCCUGUUUCAAAGCUGGGCCACGUGUCUUUCAACGUAUCUAUGCGCAAGGAUCUCGAUAUUUAUGGAUCGAUAUCUUUGAUCAGAAACAUCCCCGGUAUCCCUUCAAGAUUUAAAGAUGUGGAUCUUGCCAUCAUCCGGGAGAAUACCGAGGGCGAGUAUUCCGGUCUUGAGCAUCAGUCGUUUCCUGGCGUUGUCGAGUCGCUCAAGAUCGUCACUCGAGCCAAGACAGAACGAAUUGCACGCUUUGCUUUUGACUUUGCCCUGAGAAACAACCGCAAAAAGGUCACAUGUAUCCACAAGGCCAACAUCAUGAAAUUGGGUGAUGGAUUGUUCUUGGAGACUUGCCGCAACGUUGCCAAGGAGUAUGCUGGUUCUGGUAUCACUCUCAAUGACAUGAUCGUCGACAAUGCAUCUAUGCAACUUGUCUCGCGACCCCAACAAUUUGACGUGAUGGUAAUGCCCAACUUGUACGGAAGUAUUCUCUCAAACGUUGGCGCUGGAUUGGUGGGCGGACCUGGUAUUAUACCUGGUGGCAACUUUGGCAGAGAGUACGCUGUAUUUGAACCGGGCUGCCGCCAUGUAGGCGCUGAUAUCAGUGGCAGCAAUGUGGCCAAUCCGACCGCCAUGAUAUUAAGCUCUGUGAUGAUGCUGCGCCACAUAGGCCUAGAUGAACAUGCUAAUCGUAUCUCUACCGCAGUAUAUCGUACUAUCGAAAGCGGAAAGGCUAGAACUCGGGAUAUGGGAGGGAACAGCAGCACAAGUGAAUUCACGGAUGCGGUAAUCAGUGCACUCUGAUAUGGAUGAGCAAGCCCUACAUAUCAUCUGGUCAGCAUAUUAUAGUUUUCUGUAUACAAUGAGCACAAUAAACUCGCUAUUUGGAUAGCAUAAUCUUUCUUGCGAUCUAUCAAUAAUUGCUGUUUGUCACAUUAUUGUUAUCGUUCGGUAGCAAUCUUUAGUCAUCCUCUCUUAUUAUG